AUGAAGAAUACAAGAAAUCAGUGGCGGACAACACCGAAGUAUAUAUCCCAUGUCAACGCUAUACAGCAACUGUUCGUCGCCAUGAACAUCCUCUCGCCGCGGGAAAGAAACUUGCGUGCCCUUCUGAGGUUGCAAGCUAUGCUUGCGAUAGCUUAUGCUUCAGUAGGGCUCCCAUGCCAGAUAGGUGUCAACGGAAGGGCCAGACAAAGUUUAUCUAUGGGCAGGAUGGCUUCGCUAGUUUUCCGGCAAUCAUCCUGGGAAAAAGGCAACUCCAAAUCCGGGCAGACAAAGAUCUCUUAUCCUUGUAUGGCCAUCUAUCUAUGAGAGAUGGA